CCUAUCCUUAGUUGAACGCAUUCACUUUUCGCGUCGCUUCAUCCUAAUUCACACACUUUUCAAGGCCGACGAGGAAGAGGACCCUUUCAGGAGAAUAACAGCAAGCAGCAGCACCCUACAGCAUAUCGCCAUGAAGUUUUCCGUAUUAUCCUUGUCCGCACUGCUGUCGACGCUCGUGUACAGCGCCUCAGCAGCAUCGUCACCAGAGGCACCCGCAACCGUGUACUUUUACUCGCAUGGACGCCCCUCGACCUCCGGUACCAUCAACACUAAUAACGGUAAUAAGUUGCCUUCGCUGAGCUUGAAGGAGACCCGCGCAACACUCGCGCACCUUAUGAACUUGGGCCAGCUCACCAAGGACGAGACAUUCGUGGACAUGCAUGGACCGAUUCAGCAGGUGUUCGACCAGCCCGGCAUGGCGAGGAAGGAUCUGUUCGAGACUAUGGGAGGCAAUCUCGUCAUGGUUGUGGAGGGCGUCCAUAGUCCUCAAGAUCUGUUGCCUUCGUUCGACCCUGCGUUCACGGUCGACUCGAGCGAGGGUCUUCAAGAUGUGAUUACAGAGCUCGGCAACACUGUGCCUUCUCAGGAUCGAUAUCUCUUCAACACUCACAAGUCGUCCAAGUCAGGGGAUGCAUUGGUGAAUGAGCACCUCGUUGCGGUGCACCAUGCCGACGUCGACGUUUCUGUGUUUGAUCUUAACAAGAGAGCUGAUGCAUUGUUUCUGGAAGAGUCUGAAUCAUUGAGCAACUAUUUUGAAUCGUACAAGAAGACGCACAACAAGCAUGAUCAGGACUCGGAUUUCGUCCGCAUCACCCUCAAGGGUCUCGCUGCCCUCGCUGCCGAGCACGGUGUCGACUCUGUUCAGUACAAGGCCGCUCAGCAAAUCUUGAAGGAGUUCUUGCAGCUGAUACUCAUCCCGGAGUUUGAGCAGAUCCACAAGACCUACACUACGACCUUCAUCUUGGUCGCACCCACGACCAACCACCUCGGAUCCGAACUCCACGAGGAUUUCUCGUCAACAUCGCCUUUCUCGCACAAUCCCCUGAGGAAGCGUGCGCUCCCCUCGACGGGUAACUGCUUCGCGACCGAGGCCGACUGCCAGGCGAACACGAACGGAUGCAAUCAGCACGGUGCCUGUGUGUUGAGCACGGCCGCGAACUGCUACCAUUGCAAGUGCGAAAAGAUCGACAACACUCAGUACGGAGGCAACACCUGUGAUAAGAUCGAUAUCUCGAUUCAGUUCCAUUUGUUCUUCUGGCUGGGAUUGGGAUUGAUCUUGGCGGUCGUCCUUGCUGUGGGAUUGAUCCUCCAGAUGGGUAAUCAGUCCCAAGGAGGCGUGCCCGUUGGACCGACAAGGGCAGAGUUGAAGAGGGAUUAAAGGGCCAAAUGAUGGAGGAAUGGAGAAUAGAAAAGGGAUUUUGGAACUCUUUUUGGGUUUAUGAUGAGGAACGUCGCUGAAAGCUGCGAGCAAAGGCAGCCUUGACAAAAUAAAAAGCAAUGCAAAACGAACUUUUUCCUUUUUUUUCAAAUAGUUAGCGACUUUUACUUGGUGUGCUAGCAUGAUUUAAUUAAAGGCUGCAGUCUGAUUUUAACCCAGAAUCAGCACAGCGCAGAACAAAUUCA